CGGCCUCGGGUGCCCGUUUCAUUCGGAUGAAACCCGUCGGGUCUUUAAUGGUGACCUCCGCCAUCGGAAGGUGUCCAGUGGUGCUGCUAGCAGUCCUACAGAACAGGGGCGGUGUGCCGGCCUGCUGCGUCAGCACCGUCCCGGGGGCUCUCCGCUUGAAAGCCGAGACUGAUGACGUUGGCAAUAACCAAAAAAAUUCAAAGGCCCCUUUCUGAGCAUUUUACUUCCUCCCAGCAUUAGACAUGUUGGUAUUGUGAAGAGUGUCAGCUUUGUAGCUUUUCGUUCAGCGUUUUAAUGAUAAUAUUCCAACUGGAACAUUGGGGGGAAAAAAAUUGAUUCACUAUUAUCCCGAACGCACAAUCCGCUAGCUGCGCCUCUCCGCCUGCCCUUUCUAACUGACGUGGUGUGGAAAGCGUACUCCUCUUUCCCCCAAAGUUUCCAAACUAGAGGAACCGUCCAUUUUGGGAUUCACAAAAAGAGUCGUUCAAAAAAAAAAACCCGAUUAUUCAGAUUUUGUCUCGUUUUACAUUAAAGAUAUAUAUAAACUUUCUGGCGCCCAGACUUUAUAAAAAUGAAUUGGCGUUUGUAAAAGUCAGUAAGUUUUCCGAAACCUCGGCAGGCGGAUUCGUUUAUUUCCCUGAUUUGCGCCAAGGCAGGGACUGGUCUUCCAACGCCGCCCAGAGUUUAGGAAGGAGAAAUACGGUACGGGGUUUGGAAACCUCAAAAUGCCUAGUAAUGAGCUGAAACAAAGGAGGAAGACGACGCAAGGAAAACCUCAUGAGCAAACGACCGAGACAAAACCGAAGGCCGAGCCGGGGAAAGGGGCUGAUGAGCCGGACCGAAACAGCCCGACGAGCGCGGCGUCUCCUCCGUCGGCUGUGGACAUCAGGACCAUAACCUGCCUGCUGUCCCUGGCGGUGUGCCUGGUGCUCACUUGGGUCGUGCUUCUGCAGGCUGCUCGGUUUGCAGACAUUGAGGAGAAGUCCAGACUGCUGUAUGAAAAGGCAGCAGACAUCGAGGGCCUGAGCAACGAAAUCAGUGAAAUCUCCAGAAAGCUGGACGCCUCAGAAGAAGACCUCCAGGGGGCGCUCUCCUCCAUGUCUUUGGUGGCCAAGAUGGAUAAGGAUGUCUCAGGCCUGCGCAGUGUUAUUGCUGCCGUGCAGGGGGGCGAACAGUUCGUGUCGCAGAACAUGCAGAGCAUCAACAGGAGCUUCCAGAAUGCGACGGACGUCUGGAGGCGGAGCCUUGAGGGAAUCACCCAGGACAUCGGGAAUCUGAAGUCGGACUCCAAGGCCCUACACAACCAGGUGACCGCAAAGAUAAACAAAGCGGAAAAGACAAUGAGGUCCAUCUCGGAGAAGCUGGAGGAGCUGGAGGACAGCACCAAGCAGAACGCCAGGGCGCUGGAGCGCACGGAGAGUGAGGACGUGGAGGGCGUGGAGGAGCAGGUGAGGUGGAACCGCAGGGAGAUCGAGAGGCUGGAGGAGCAGCACCAGGCCCUGGGCAGCAGGGGCCGCGAGCUGAGUGCCAAGAUCGCCGAGUACCAGCCCCGCGCCCGGCAGUGCGAGGAGCAGCUGCCCGUGGUGGAGGACGCCGUCCGCUCCAUCCUCAGGGUGUCCUCUGAACUGGCCGGCCUGGAAAAGAGGGUGGAGGACCUGACUGUCCAGGUCUUCAACAUGGAGGACAACAUGCUCAAGGUCGUCUCCGAGAUCUUGGAAAUCAAGACCGCUCUGGAUGCCCUGGAGGUGGACAACAGCAUUCUCAAACUGAGAAACGAGCUGGGUGUUAUCAAGGAAAAGGUGAGAGAGUUCGAAAGGGCCAGGAGGGAACCACAUUCAGAGGAGCAGAGCAGAGAAGGAGCCGUGGAAAACUGACCAAGGACAAGCACGAUCAACCUGGUUUCUACUGGUUACCCGGAGGACAAGUACAAGAGCUUUUUGUGGUUAUCACAAUUUAUCACAACCACCAUAAGCAGAGUUGCACUGUAUAUGCAAUAUAUGUGCUUGUCAUAGUGUAGCCUCAAUCACAGCUGAGCAGCAGUCAUUUUGCUGUGCAGUGUCUUCUUUCUAAUAAGAAAAUAUCACUGGUGUAUGAAUGUAUUGCUCACAAACUGCAAUUAGCUUUUUUUUUUUACAUAUUUGCCUAUGUACCAGUUUGUAAAACUUUAUUUAAAGUCCACAAAAAGUUCGGCAAUUGUGUCAGAAUCAUUUUGGAUCUGUGAAUUAAAGGUGAAUGAAUAUUACAUAGAAUUUGCAUGGCCAGCUGUUAGACAGGCUGAGCAAGACUGCAGUCUCUCAGUGUUGGAGAGGGAGGGAGACAAUCAUUCAGGACUGGGGUGCUGGAAAAACACUUGCAAUUCCAAAGGACCAUCGCAUUUGUGUCAAAAUAAGCCUCACAGCAUAGAUAUCAGAUGUUAUUCUAAGACUAAUUUAGAGUACAAGUCUCAGUUGUAAUUUCUCAGGUCGUCAUCUUAAGAGGGACUUGUAUUGUUACAUUGAAUGUCUGGGCCAAAAGUUUAAAAGUGUUUAAUAGCUGCUGGCUGUCCAGUCAGACUGUACACUGAAUUUCAACUUAAGCCCUUUGUGAGAUUCUUGAGGAAUACUGUGAUGACAUCAAAUCCUGUAAAGCUCAAAUAAAAUGUUUUUCCUAA